AUGUUCUUUCGCUCUACUAAACGUCGGGCUUUUCAAAACGAGACACGGCCGCGUCGAUACGGAGUCUUAACGUUUGCAUCUGCACACCUCUACCGAUUUCAAGGUGCUCGUACGGGCGUGGAAGUGCAGACAGGUAAUUGUCGAACGACAAAUUACGAGGGGGUAGAGGAAGUGGCCGAUAACCAUCAGCUCUCAUCUUUCUCUCUCUCUCUCUUUCUCUCUCUCUCUUUCUCUCUCUCUCUUUCUCUCUCUCUCUCUUUCUCUCUCUCUCUCUCUCUCAAUCGCUUUCUGAACUGCUUUCCUCUCUCUUUUUUCUUCACUUGCAUUUAUUCUUUUGUCCUUUAUCUCUCUUUUUAUUCUCUUCUUUUUCUCCUCCACCUUUCUCCUCCUUCCUGUCUGCGUUUUUUUCCUUUAUAUCAUAUGUCUGUAUUUGCGUGUAAUGAUUACGUCACUAACUGA